AUAAAACCGGGUGAUGACUUUGAAUCUGAGCAAUAUUUAAUCACUGUAGAAAGUGAAAAUGUUUCCAAAACUGGUUAUAAUGUCCAAUCAAAGGACAUAGAACAACGAAAAUUAACAAGUAAUCCCUUGAAAUCCCUUGCUGUUUCACCUCUAUGUCGUCCAAAGCGAAAAUAUUCUGGUUUCCAAGUACCACGUCAGGUGGAAAAGAAAAAGAUAGUAGAAGAACCUGCACUGCCAUCUACAUCUGAAGGUCCUCUCUCAUUCAUCCCUCGCCAAUUCUAUGUGUCUUCUCCUUUAUUUUCUGUUCCUUGCAAAAAAAAGGAAGAUACCAUCUUACUCCCAAAUUUUAAUGGAGAUACUUCUACAAAGAAUAGUAAAGUUGCUGAGCCUGUUAGUUUUCUGGCUUCCACCUCUUUAGAUGAUGAACAUGUAGUAGUACAGAAUAAAAAAUGUACUGAUAACGUAGCUGUUGAAUAUUUGAAGCCAAAAUUUCAGUUAGAAAAUGCACUGGUCAACUCAGGAUACCAUGCAGUUUCUCAGAACCUUCGAAGCAAAGCUGAAAUUGUAGCACUUUUGAGCCAUGACCAAAACAUUUCCAAGGGACUAGAAAAUGAAACUACUGCCUCACUGAAAAAUCUACAGUUUACACUAAUGCAAUCAGAAUCCAACUCAGAAGUUCUGCCUUUAGUUGAGCCAUUAGUAAAGAGGGACUCUUUGCUAAAAAAUAAGAUAGCACCUUUGUCUACCUUCACAAACAAUACUAGUGGAGAAACUACUAAACACAUGUACCCACAGCACCUUUCAGAAAAAACUCUGCAAACAAAAAGCCGAUGGGAUGCUUAUAUGCCAUCGUGUUUAUCUGAUGUACAUAAUACAGAACACAACAAAGAGGAUACUAGUGAUUUGCAUCCGGUUCAGAAGGGCUUAAAUGAGAGUGACUGGGUAAACAGAAGUCAAUGCAAUGACCAUGAAAGGAUUCCACAAAUGCCUUCUUCCUGGAAAAUUGAUACUUCAGUUAGUAAAAGUUCUAUUGAAAGUCAGCCAUAUGACUUUUUACCAACUGAAUCCUUCAUGAAUGAAAGCAAUAACACUGAAUUAAGUUCAUUUGAUAAUGCUAAUUUGAACUGUGGAAAUGCGUUUAAAACAUUUGAAGACACAUCGGAAUCAAGCAGAUAUGGAAUAAUUGAUAAUUUGGAAAGGAGUUGCCUGCAGUUGCAAAACAAAUCUUCAGUUAUGUGUUCUGAACAUUUUUCAAACAGAUCUGCAGAUGCUGAGUUUGGCAAUCCAGGAAAACAAUUUACAGAGGUUAACUUUAAUCUUUUAAAUAUGCUGGAUUUUAGUGACACAGAAGAUAAUGAGCCCAACAUAAAUAGCAUUGUUUUACAAAGUUCUGCAUGUCUAAAGAAGGAAAUUAAAGACCAACUUGAGGUCGGUGCUCAAAAAAACUGUGAUGCAAGUGCAUGCAGUAGUGAAAGGCAAAACAAUAUACAGUUAAUGCUUCUACAAGAUCAUGAUUUGAACAGGAUCUCAGGAUCUCAGCCACUGCAUCUUUGCAAUGACAUUUCUGCAAAGCCUGUCAAAAUUAAGGAAAAUAGUAUAGCCCUUUGGGAGGGAAAAUGGCAAAAUUCAGAAGUUUCAAUUAAUGAGAAGAUAGAUACAAAUAUAAUUCAGGCUCAGAAUAUGAAUGUUCACCAGCAAUUGUUUUGUGCUGGCAGAAGCUUGUUAAUGGAGAGUCAUGUGGACUGUGAAAUGCAUGACAUUAAACAAAAUUUUGCUGAAGCAUUUUGUCCUGAAGAUGUGCAGAUACCUUGCCUGCAUUCUGACUCUCCAAAUUUGGUAGUUGAAUUUCACGGAUACCAGGUGAAAGGCUCAGCAUCUAGUGAGAUGAUGAUGAGAGAACCCUGUUCAUAUCCUAUAAAGGAUCCACAAAGUGAUACAACAGAAUCUGAAACUGCUUCAAAGGAUGCCUGUUUUUUCUCAGCUCAAGAACUGAACUGUCCUGCAGUGCCUGAGUUUGUUAAGCCCCUAGGUUCAAGGAAACUUUCAGAAGAUGAUCUCAGUAACAGCGGGACUGAAACAUUCAAAAAGGAAUUCAACUUUUUUGAAGAAAAAGUCAAUAAUAAAUUUU